UGCCCAGCCCGGAGGAGAGCUGAGGAGCUGUGAUCAUGCCCGAGAGGAGCGCACACUAGAAGUCUUGACGGAGGAUGGCAGGGAUGCUGCGCGCCCGCAUCUCUCUCUCUCUGACUCUGUGAGACAGCGCACGGUGCCCUGGACGAGCCGUACAGCAGGAGCUGUGUGUGUGUGUGUUUAUGUGUGUCUGCAGCUCGGGGGAAUGUUUUCAAAUCUCCCCAAGGUGCUGAUACUGGGGGCCAUCGCCGCCGCCUCUGCCUUUGUGGUCACCAUCCUCAUCCUCUUGGUGUGUGUGGGGUGUCAGAGAAAAAGCAAGAGCAAACAUGGCCACGCCAAUGGAGGAGCUCAGAGAAAAGAAACAGCUGCUCUGCGCCAGUCCAAGCUGAACUCGAUGAGUAAAUCUGACACCCGCCUGCAUGACAUGCACAGACUGCCCUGCAACGCAAACGGUGGCCCUAAGAGCCGUCCGGCCAGCAUGGAUCUUCUGCUCCUUCAUACCCGCCGCUCCACGUCUGACCUCCGUCCCAGUCCAGGCCGCCAGCUGCCUCGAGCUCCCAAAAAAUCUGAGAAUGAGGAACGUGAGCACACCUACUCUGAAGUCUGCCGCCGCUCCUCUCCCUCAUCCCUCCUGCCGGAUGACGGCCUGUACGAGAGCGUUGGGAUCAAAGGGGCGGGGCCUGAUAAAGCUGCCCCACCUGCUGCCCCUGCCCCGACGUCAAGCAACACGCCCACUCAGCGCCGUGCCCACAGCCCGACGCUCAACGGGAACGGCCGCGGUGCAAGCAGAGGAGGCGUGAACGGCGUGAGUCAAGACGAAGUGACGGCGGAGUACGCCUCCAUACGGAAGGUGAAGAAGCUGGAGCGCGGCAGGAGGGAGGAAGUGCUGGAGGAUGGAGAAAGAGAGCACCAGAGCGUGUCCAGCAGCGAGUCCUCCAGCAGCACCUUGCCUAGGAAAACACUGGAACCAUUUCACCUGCCCAAUUUCCCGAAGGAGGCGGUCUUCAUGGGCAACGGAGAGCAGUACAUUUGGAAACCACCAGAAGAGGACGAGAUGAUCGUGCCAGGGGUUCCUCAGCUGGAGAACGGACACAGCCAUCCCACCGCCGUGGAGGUAACGUCUGCCUCGCUAUCCCAGCACUGCAGACGGGGUCAUGACAUUUGUCCAGGUUUACAUGAAUGGAUCAGGUUUCAGACUUUGACAUUUGACCUCUAAAACCCAGGACCGCUUCGGAUCUCUUUGGUCUGACCCUUGUGCAUCAAUAAAGAGUUUGGAAGUGAGUGGAAUGAUGGCUGAUAUAUCGUGGCUUGUGAGAGAGAGAGUUUAAGCCUUAAUUUCUCCCUCCCCCUCUCAACUCUCUUCCUCCUCUCUCUCUCUCUCUUUGGCUGGCUUGGUAUGGCAUGACUAACAGGGAGGUCAAAGGUCUGUAGACCGUGCUUGUUGACUGUCAGUUCAGGGUUGGUGUGAGGGGAGGAAUAUGAGAAGUGGGGAGAGGUCUGGACAGACAGGCACUCUGGGUAAACGUGUGUUUAAUCAACUUCCUGUGACCGAUCAAAACUCACAACUUGGUUUCAGAUAAAAAGUGUAGAUUAUGUUUGGAGAAUAAAUAUAGAUGCUAACAGGAAUUUAGAUGCAACCAUUAUCACGGCAAAAAAAAAAGAAAAUGUUUUCUUAAUCAGUGUUGUCUCCUUUUUAGUUAAUAUUCCCUAAAUGUCAUCA